AUGGACACUUUUUUUGACUUUGAGUUUACACAAGAACAAUUACAUGUAAUUGACAGUUUAGAGAGGUCACAUUGCAGUACUGACCAUGUCUUAUGUGAGGGUGAUGAAGUGAUAAAUAUUCCACGUACCAGAAAACGUAGAGUUAUUUUGUCGGACAGUGAAGAAGAUGACCGUGAUUUGUCUCCAGCUUUAUCCGGCCAUACACCUGAAUGUGAGUGGUACCAGCCACGUGGUAAGCAGCCUCGUUUAAUUCCUUUUACCGAAAUACCGGGACUGAAACCUUACUCACUUCGAAAUCAACUAGCCAAUGCUACACCUAUUGAUUUCUAUUCCCUCUUAGUCACUGACCAGUUAUUUGAAAAUAUAGCACAUCAGACGAAUAUAUUUGCCCAACAGAGUAUCGAUAAAGGUGGCAUUAAAGAUAAGUCGAGACUACGGCUCUGGACGCCAACCGACAAAGAAGAAAUGAAACGAUUUUUAGGCGUGAUUAUUUGGAUGGGUAUAGUGAAGUUACCAAAAAUCGUAGACUAUUGGUCUAAUGAUGAAAUGUUGGGUCAAUCUUUUGCAAAAAAGACUAUGAGUCGCAACCGCUUCGAAGUUUUGCUUAGAAUGCUCCACUUUUCCAACAACGAAGAAGUUCCAAAAAAUGACCGGCUGGGUAAAAUACGAAGAUUGGUUGAAAUAUUGAACCAAACAUUUUCAAUUCAUUAUACUCCCGAUGAAUGUUUAUGCGUCGAUGAAAGUAUGAUACCAUUUCGUGGGCGUAUCAUUUUCCGCCAAUAUAAUAAGUCGAAAAGACAUAAAUAUGGCAUCAAGCUAUUUAAAUUGUGUACUACUCCUGGCUAUACGACAAAGGUGGAGGUAUAUGGAGGAAAGACAUUAGAUUCACAGGAUAAUACUCCAACCAACGUUGUCUUGAAUUUAGCACGUAACUACUUUGGAAAAGGUCAUACCAUGUUCGUAGAUAAUUGGUAUACAAGCUUAGAUCUAGCUGAGAAGUUAGUUCAACACGAUACUCAUUUAGUAGGGACCCUACGAAAAAACAGGAAGAACUUACCAAAGGACGUCAUGACUGGAAAUCUGAAACCGGAAAAAAAUGUCAAGUGGUGUGAGUUCUGGAGACCGCGGAGGCAAUGCGAUACGUCCUCCUCGUCCAAUCCAUUCCGGGAACCGGGCAUUGAGGUGGCUGCGCUCAUCACGAGCGAAGUGAGCUGGAGCGCCACCAUGUUGGAAUAUUAG